UUUUCGAUUACUCAAUAAAGAGAUAACUGAUAAGAAUAACAAUAACCAGCUUUACUGAAAAUCAACAUUUCAUAGAAAUCUCAAUGAUAAGAAGGACAAUGGCGGAGUUUGAUGUUAAAGCCGGCUUGCAGCUUGCCCUUAAGCGUAUUGACGAAGUCCUUGCGAAUCGGCCAAAGGAAAUUCAAACACCUAAGCCCAUCUUGGUGGCGGUAAGCAAGACAAAACCUCCCGAAGCAAUUAUUGAAGCCUAUGAGGCUGGUCAACGUGAUUUUGGCGAAAACUAUGUCCAGGAGCUGGUAGAGAAGAGUCAACAUCCGGAUAUUCGAAGUAAAUGUCCAGAGAUAAGGUGGCAUUUUAUUGGCCACCUUCAAAACAACAAAAUUAACAAGGUUUUAUCGCUGCCAAAUCUGCACAUGAUCCAGACAGUAGAUAGUGAGAAAUUGGCAACAAGAUUAGAUGCAGCCUGGGCCAAGCUGGAGCCAAAGCCAGAGCAGCCUCUGCGUGUUCUCAUUCAGAUUAAUACCAGCCAAGAGGAUGUUAAAAGUGGCAUUGAGAUUUCUAAGGCGCCAUCACUGUAUCAGUACAUCAAGUCAAAUCUUAAGAACCUUCAGCUGAUGGGCAUAAUGACCAUUGGAGCCUAUGGUUUUGAUUACAGUAAUGGACCCAAUCCGGACUUUGUAUCGCUAAUAAAUGUCCAACGAUCUAUAUGCGAAGCUAACAAUUUGAAUCCCGAAUCCGUUCUGGUCUCCAUGGGCAUGUCGAAUGAUUAUGACAAAGCGAUUGAGAUGGGCAGCACGAUUGUACGCAUUGGUACAUCUAUUUUUGGACAUCGUGCCGCAAAGAACUAAAGGAAACGGAAUGCUGUGCAAAUGAAGAGAGAAUGAACAAGAGUGGGAGAUGUUUUCUGUAUUUAUUUUAUCUAGCACAAUGCUUGUAUAUACAUACAUACAUAUAGCUUUAAAGAUUCAUACAGUUGUUUCUCAAUGACGUUCAUGCCGCCAAUGCUGGUGGAAUCAACAGAUGAAAUGCUUCCAAGUUCGUGUAUAUACCAGGUGGAAAUAUAUAUAUAUAUAUAUAUCUAUAUACAUACACCACAUAUCGGUCUGUUCUAUAUUAUGUUGUAAAAACAGAAAAAUGGAAAAUGAGUUGGCUUUUAUAAUUAGAUUAGAUUCGUAGAUAAACAAAUGUUGCGUUUAGAUUGUUUAUGCCAAUAUACUACAUUAAGAUGGUUACAUAUACAAAUUCCUGUUUCUAUAUAUAUAUAGA